AUGGGUGAUGCCAAAGUGAAACAACCCUUCUUCGGGACACAAGCGCAUCAUCAUCACCACCACCACCACCAUCACCAUACUCAUAAUCACGCUGCUCCCGCCGAAUCAUCGCUUGUUACGCCGACGACGAGUUCGACUCACAGCAACGGUGUAACCAUGUCAACGGCAGUGAUUGAUGCUAAGCAUUCCACCAGCACCGGCCUGUUGAAUUCACAGCAUACGGUAGGACCCGGAGCAGGCAAAGAUGCCGCGGGCACCAUGGCGAAAAGCGCAGGUGCCGCCAAAUAUGAGCAGCUUAAGCAGCGGAAGCAAGAGUUACAGAAACUGCUCAACGAAAAGUACAGCCAGCUGCAGCAGAUUAAGCGCGAAGAAGCGCAGCUCAUCGGGAUGUAUCCGAGUGACUUUAGCUGUGGUAUUGGCCCAUCUGACGGACCGGCAGGUACGGCCGCGGGUGGCAACGGUGCCAUGAGCAAUGGCAGUGCCCCGACGUUACGGCGUAAGAUUGGCACCAGCUUUAAGUUGCCGGAAAACUUGCUGAACAACAAGGAAGAUGACAUCAACAAACUGCUGCUGGAGAAGCAGAUACAGCAGCAAAUAUCAGAAGCUUCACUGCGCCUGGCGAACGACGGUGGCCAGCCAAAGUCCGUUCGGCGCACCCACAAGCAAAACUAUGAGCAAGCGCAACAGAAACUGCUAGCCAUUAAUCAGAAUCUAAGUGCGCUGAAAAAACGACAGCAGCAACAGCAGCAGCAACAGCAGCAACAGCAACAGCAAUCACAGCAACCGGCGGCCGACCAUAAACCUGCGGCUAGGGACGAUAUCGAUCUGCACAAAACGGCGCAGGUGAAUCGGUUCCGAUCGAAUAGCAACAGCAGCAGUAUGCUAAUGCAUCUGUCCGAGAGGCGCAAUUCCGUCAAAUCGACUGGUUCUUCGAACGCUUCGGGCAGCAUUGCAGCUCAGCAUCAUCAGCAUAUUCAGCACCAGCAGCAGCAAAUGUUACAGGUGCAAAUUCCCCCUGGACACUAUCAUCACUCUCCUCAGCUACAACACCACCCGCCAAUGCAGCAAAAGCAGCAAAUAUCGCCUUACUCGAUUCACAGUGGAAUCAUACCCUCUGGUUCGCAGAGCAUGACAUCGGCUGCCUCUGCGGCGAUGAUUUCCCAACUCAGCAUGCUGCGACAUCGCGGUAGAACGGACAGCUUUAGUGGGAUUGUUAGCUACGAUUCCCUUUCGGCCGGUUCGGCCGCAGAACUUAGCGUGAAGAUGUCACCGAUCAGUGCGAACGGCAGUAUCGCCAGCGGUGGAAGCAUUGGACAGCUACAACAACAUCACCAUCAUCAACAGCAACAGCCACAGAUGACGGUUGGUCCUGGCCCGUCGCGGAUGAACAGACUGAUCCAGCAGCAGAUUGGUGUUAACUAUAGUCCACCACCAGGAGUUGUUGUCGGUGGUGGCAGUGGCACCAGCGGUUAUGUGCUUUCACCUACCCUUGCCGCGGGGUCACCGAGUGGAAACGUUGGCCAAGCAUUUGUGUACGACACUAAAGUGAUCGCUUGUCUACAGGGCAGCGUAAACAGUAACAUGCAUCACUUUUCGUCGCCUCCAUCGCACCCACAGCAAGUUCAGUUGGGAUCUACGGUCGGAAACGGUCCACACGGUCACGGUCAUCAUCUGUUGAGCGAUCAAAAUUUGUGUCCGAAUGCGAUGGCCGCACCAACGAGCGGUGGCUACGAGCAGGCUAUUGAUCAGCAUGCGACGGCGAGCGUUGGAACUCCGGUCGGUUUGGGAGGCUAUUGGAUGACACUGGAGAACGGUGAGAAGGUUUGGUGCUCGGUGGACAGUCGACAGUUUUCCAGCCUAGACCGAAAGCAGGGCGCGGGCGCCGGAGGUAGUAUGAAGCUUUCGCGAACGAGCAUCAAGCUUACAUCCAAACCCACGGGACAGCUGCAACCGGCGGUGAAGUCCUCGUCGUUGGGCAACUUCCAAGAGUACAUCAGCAAAUCUGGUUCUUUGACACAGGACGAUGACAUGAUCACGGUCCAGCCGGAUGCCAUUUCCGUUACGUCCGGCUCCAGUGAGCAUAAGAAGCGUGAGAAGGUGUGGCGCGAGACGUCGCUCGAUAGUCCGCUUCUGAAGCAUAAAACACUCCCACCCGUACCUCCUGGCCCGUCGCACACCGUCGGAACACUACACGCGAACGGACAUCUGUUGCAGUCACCGGGUGCGAUCUCACCGAACUCACCAUCAUAUCAUCACCACAAUGUGGUCACCAACAAUCCGACCAUUCCUUUACAUAUUAACACAAAUGUUUCAUCGUAUACCUCGUCUUCGCCUUUGCUGUUGUCCCCUCAGCAAAUGCGAUACUAUCAGCAACGCCAGCAACAGCUUCUAGAGCAGCAGCGUCAACGAAUGAAGCAGCAGCAGCACCAGCAGCAGAGUUUGCAACCGCCUCUUCCCAUGUCCACGAUGAAUGCGACAUCAACCGCAUCACUCACGACGACAACGUUGGAGCAUUACAACGCUUUGCAUUAUCAGCAACACAAACCGCAGAAUCCGCCUCCGUAUCAUUCGCGCCAACAGCAUCCACCCCCACCACCGUUGCCACCGCCGAAUCAGCACCACUACCACCACUCGCAGCAACGUCUACAGCAUCCUCCUCCGCCGCCUCCACCGCCCCCACUAAUUCAUCCGCAACAUCUUGACCUAUUACCACCCUCCUUGUACACCCAGCAUGAUGGCGUACCAUCGUCGACCCAUUUGUCCCCCUCGGUGACCACUGGCAGUCGAGUAGUGAGUCAUCAUCUCGAUGGCGGAACGAGUUACGGCUACCAUUCCGGUACACUCUCUUCCCGGCAUCCGGAUCUGCUCAUUUCACCGACGCUCUCGCAAGCCUCGUCCCACACGCUAACCUCUCCGACGACGAUCGUUCAGGCACUCCCGAUCGGUAGAGCGGGUGGUGACGAGACUAGCAACAUUUCACCGACUCCCUCCGCGAAUAUGAUGCAUCAGCCGGCCAUGACGGGACCGCAGUAUACGGGCGCGGGAGGGCCAAAGUCUGACAUUCAGAUGGAGUCGCCCAAAAACAUAACGGUCGUACAGCAAGGCAAAAUAAUGCCCUACAAGGAGGUUACGAAGCCGUUCGAGAUGUCCGAUUUCUACAAAUACUCCACCAAGUAUCGGCAGAAGCAGCAACAACAGCAGCAGCCCCACCAAGCGCGGCCUGAUCAAUAUCAAUCGGUGGAGGAACAAAGUACCGGACAGCAGCAGGACGGUGACGGUGAUGGCGGCAGCGGGGAAGGCAUACACAAGGGUAUCUAUCAGCCACCGAAUCGAUCGAUUUGUCAGCCGAUCAACAACUACAACUGACGCAACAAGCGCAAACGAUAACGCAGAAGAUUUCAAGCAAUAGCAAACAGAAUACUAUUGUAAUUAGGUGUCGUUAUCUACCGUUCCCGCUGAUCGUUCUUUUUAGGUAGAGUCGAAGGAUACGCGAUGUUUGGUGGCUGGAAGAGAGGGGACGUUGUUGCGCGUUGAGCUGUAACUAACUAUUGUACCUGUGCGCGGAAUUUGGGAAUGUAGUUGAUAAGGUCGAUGAUAAGAAUAUUUGUUAGGGGGUGAGGUUUGCCAAUACUAGACACUCGUAGCGAUUGUGUGCUGCUUAUAGUUAUCUUUUCCCUUUUUUGCUGAUAAAAGUGAUUGCAGAAGAACAGAGAAAAACAAUUUUUUGUAGCCACUUUUUUAGCCACAGCCACCUGGUGGCAAUGAAAGGGAACUCGUACCGAUCUCCUCUUACCUUGAACUAGAAACAAGCGAAAGAAGGACGAAUGAAUGGAAUGGAAGGGAAGCAAUUACAACAUAAACAACGCUAAACAAUGAUACUUUCUUCCUGAUGCUGAAAGAUCAACCGAUCACCUAGCAAAAACGGUCCGGCUGGAUGAGCGGGUGACAAUCUGACUACUUCCUCCAGAAAAGACUUACAAAAACAGCGUAGCAUUUUGCGCAAUUGCCGUUUACUUACAAAAUCGGUAGAAAUAUUUAUUGUGGAAUACACAAAAAUAAGACUGUAGUGCACUAUGGUAGUGCAACGAGAAAGACACCGGAGAGAGAAGACCACACAACGAACUGUACCUCCGAUCAUCAAAUAGCUGUUAGUAGGUUGAGAGAGCUCGUCAUAGGCACACAAUAGUGCGUAUUGCCUUUCGUAGGGUUUAAAAACAAUAGCUAAACUGUGGCCUUUACGAUGCCACGGGCAACAACAGAAAGUGACAGGGAUAGAGAAAGCUAUGACUUUAUCUGAUUUACCUGUUUCUUAGGUAUUCGAUCAUAUUUCUAAUUUAUAAGGAACUUAAAUUAGGCGCUCCUUGCUUUGGAAAGGUAGUACAGAAGCGAUAUAGCGAUUACAAGUGCGUUGUGUUAAGUUUCCGUGCGGUGUUAGUUAAAGAAACGACAAUAUAAGACUUAGAUUAGCAAUGCAAUUAUUGGUUCUCACGCAACCGUUGCGUUACGUUUGCUUGUUGAAACAACGGAGCGCCACAACUUCAGAUUCUAAAUUGUUUUACAAAAAUCGUUGACGUUGAGCAAAUCGUUGACAAAAACCGUUGACCGCUGUUACUCAGACAUUUCUUCUGCCACCGACGAGGAUGUUGUUUAUCGAAAAACAAAAUCUCAAAGUAACAUGAGAGGCAAAAGUGAUUUUGCUGCAUAAUAUAAUAUGGGAACAUCCGAGCUAAGUCUUAGACGGUAAGAAGGGGGUUAAACAACAACUG